AUGGACAGAGGAGCUAAAUGGCCUCAGGAAUUUAUUGUGAAGCCGAUGAACGAGACAUGCUUGAAACAGCCGAAUCCUGCUGCUGCUGUUGCUCCAGUGGAGAAGAAGGCAAGACCGGAGAAAGAUGAGGCUUUGAACUGUCCAAGAUGCAACUCCCUUAACACUAAGUUCUGUUACUACAACAACUACAGCCUCACUCAACCCAGAUACUUCUGUAAAGACUGCAAGAGAUAUUGGACCCAAGGUGGCUCCCUCAGGAACAUCCCCAUCGGCGGUGCCGUACGGAAGAACAAAAGAUCUUCCUCUUCCUCCAAUUCCGAUUCCUCUUCUUCUUCAAAGAAAACUCAGUGUAUUAACAACAAAAAGCCACCACCACUUCAACAGCUAAACCCUAAGUCUGCCGAGAAUUCCCACGAGGGUAAAGUUCAAGAGUUGGCGUAUUCUCAUGGUUUUGGUAAUGCCCACGAGGCCAAAGAUCUCAACUCGGCGUUGUCUCAAGGGUUUGGGAUUGGUCAUCAAAGUAUUCCUGAGUUUCUGCAAGUAGUACCAAGCAGUAUGAAGAACAACCCACUUGUAUCAACCUCAUCAGCUUUGGAGCUUUUAGGGAUCUCUAAUUCACGCCCUGCUUUCGUGACUUAUCCUAACGUUCAUGAUUCGUCGGUGUACACAGCAGCAUCACCUGGUUUUGGUCUGAGUUACCCACAGUUUCAAGAGUUCAUGAGACCACCUUUGGGGUUCUCUCUUAAUGGUGGGGAUCCUCUACAUCAAGAAGAGGGGUCCAGUGGCACUAACAUUGGAAGGCCUUUGCUGCCUUUUGAGAGCCUGAAACUUCCUGUUUCAUCAUCAAGCACCAAUAGUGGUGGUGGCAAUGGGAAUGAUCAUCAGCAUGAGAAAGAAGAAGGAGAAGCUGACAACUCUGUUGGGUUUUGGAAUGGCAUGUUAAGUGCUGGUGCCUCUACUGCCUCUGCUAGUGGACCAUGGCAAUAAUUAUAGUCAAGGAGAGUUUUUUUUUUUGAAGAGGAAAAAAAAAGAAAUCAAAGAAAAGAGAAGCGUGCAGUUUAAUUUUUUCAUCCAUAUUUUAGAAGAUGAAGGUUAACUAACUACCAUCUGGGUGUUUACUAUUUUAGUCAUUUUCCUUCGUCAGAUAUAACUAUCUUUAACGCUGUUGGGUUGGGGAUGGAUGGCUAUGUAUUAUUAUCAUCAAAUCUCAGUUGUUAGUUAUCUAAAAUUUAUGUAUUUUGUUUGUUUUAGGGCCGAAUGGUGUAGUAUAUAUUAUAUCACAAGUGAAAU